ACCUCCUCCAGAAAAGGGAGGAAAGAAUGGCUUUGCUUCCGACCAGGGGGACCUAUGUCACGUGCUCCAUCCAGAUCGCCUUCGGAACAGACCGUGUCUCGGCCCGGCUGGGGUUGCUAGGCAACCGGUAAACUCCACAGCUCCCAGCCGUUUGAGCAGCGCUGGAGCCGGGACAUGGCUUGGGCGCUUCCCCGGCACAGUGUAGCAGGAGAAACUGAGCCUAAAUAAGGGUCUGGAGCCCAGGAGGACAUCCAAGCCUGAAAGGAAAUCUGGCGAGAGAAGGAAAGAGCCCCAGAGGGUAAUAAUCACCAACAGUGCAAGAAACCUAGGAGAUUCCUUCUAGGAGAAUUGUUGGAUGCUGGAACCAGGACCAGCGCUCCCUAGCGCUCUUCCCGCCGCAUUAAUCCUCGCUGCCCGGAAUAUUCUCCAAGUUCUAGGACCUCUGCAACCCCCAAGCACCUUGCCUUCUGCAUCACUACGCCACCAGGCCCUGACCCUGACCGUGUCCCAGAGUGGGCGGAACUUCUUUCUGGCUUUCAGCGGUUGCAACCAUCACCAUGGAGAUCGUCUACGUGUACAUCAAGAAGCGCAGCGAGUUUGGGAAACAGUGCAACUUCUCAGACCGCCAGGCGGAGCUGAACAUCGACAUUCCGCCCAACCCUGAGCUGUCCACACUGUAUGUGGAGCGGAACCCAGUGGACACAGGCAUCCAGUGCUCGGCCAGUAUGUCAGAACACGAGGCCAACACAGAGCGUUUUGAGAUGGAGAGCUGCGGUGUCAACCAUGUGGAGGGAGGCUGGCCCAAGGAUGUGAACCCCCAGGAGCUGGAGCAGACCAUCCGCUUCCGGAAGAAAGUGGAGAAAGAUGAGAACUACAUCAAUGCCGUCAUGCAGCUGGGCUCGAUCAUGGAACACUGCAUCAAACAGAACAAUGCCAUUGAUAUCUACGAGGAGUAUUUUGAUGAUGAGGACGGCGUGGAGGUGACUGAAGAGGCACCAUCAGCCAAGACCAUCAAUGUCUUCAGGGACCCUCAGGAGAUCAAGCGGACAGCCACACACCUCUCCUGGCACCCUGAUGGCAACAGGAAGCUGGCAAUAGCUUAUUCCUGCUUGAACUUCCAGCGAGCCCCCGUGGGCAUGAGCUACGAGUCCUACAUCUGGGAUCUGGAAAACCCCAACAGACCUGAAAUUGUCCUGAAGCCAUCCUCCCCUCUUGUCACCCUGGAGUACAACCCCAAGGAUUCCCACGUCCUCCUAGGGGGCUGCUACAAUGGGCAGAUAGCUUGCUGGGACACCAGGAAGGGCAGCCUGGUGGCAGAGCUCUCCACCAUCGAGUUCAGCCACCGAGACCCAGUGUACGGCACCAUCUGGUUGCAGUCAAAGACAGGCACCGAGUGCUUCUCAGCGUCCACGGACGGGCAGGUCAUGUGGUGGGACAUCCGCAAGAUCAGCGAGCCCACCGAGGUGGUCAUCAUGGACAUCUCCAGAAAGGAGCAGCUGGAGAAUGCUCUGGGAGCCAUCUCCUUGGAGUUCGAGUCUACGUUGCCAACCAAGUUCAUGGUGGGCACCGAGCAGGGCAUCGUUGUCUCCUGCAACCGCAAGGCCAAGACACCAGCCGAGAAGAUUGUUUGUACCUUCUCAGGCCACCAUGGCCCCAUCUACGCCCUGCAGAGAAACCCCUUCUACCCAAAGAACUUUCUGACUGUUGGUGACUGGACAGCACGCAUCUGGUCUGAGGACAGUCGGGAGUCAUCUAUCAUGUGGACCAGGUACCACAUGGCUUACCUCUCUGAUGGAGCCUGGAGCCCUGUGAGACCAGCAGUCUUCUUCACCACCAAGAUGGAUGGGACCCUGGACAUCUGGGACUUGGUGUUCAAGCAGUGUGACCCUGCCCUCAGCCUGAAGGUGUGUGAUGAGGCCCUCUUCUGCCUCCGAGUUCAGGACACCGGGUGCCUCAUCGCCUGCGGCUCCCAGCUUGGAACAACCACUCUGCUGGAGGUGUCCAGCAGCCUCUCCACCCUGCAGAGGAAUGAGAAGAACAUAGCUUCUUCAAUAUUUGAACGUGAGACCCGGCGGGAAAAGAUCCUGGAGGCCAGACACCGUGAGAUGCGGCUGAAGGAGAAAGGAAAGGCAGAGGGCAAGGAUGACGACCAGAAGGAUGAGGAGUUGGCCCCGGACCUCGAGGAGCUAGUCACUAAAGCUGAGGAGGAGUUCUUCGAGGUCAUCUUUGCAGAGCUGAAGAAGAAGGAAGCGGAGGCUUUGAAAAAGAAAGCAAAGCCCAAAAAGACAAGUUUAGAGGUAGAGGAUGGAGAGGAACUGUUGGAAGAUAAUGUCGGAGAAGAGGAAGAAGCGGGUGAAGACGCAGCUGAAGAGAGAGAAGAUGAUUUACUCACCUAAGGCAGCCUCUGCCCACCACACUGUCCCUUUGGGUCCCUUGCUGGCCUUCUCGAUGCCACCUCUUCUGACAAGUGCAAGCUGAGUUUCUUUCUUCGAUAGAUUUUGAUGGAGAUAGAUCAGGGACAAGUUGCUGGCCCAUACCAGGGCCAAGGCCUGAGUGCACCCCUUCCUAGGGUCGGGAGAUAGGCUUGUCUCUGUGCUAGCUCCUUUGGCCUCAGCUACACUGAGGCUCACUCUGACUCAGGGCACACACAACCUUCAGUUAGACUCUAGAUACAUCCCUAUUCUGCUUAGCACAGGUUCUCCAAUUAGUAGUUACCAAGACCUUUCUCUAGAAGCUUCCAGAGCUCAGCUGAGCUUGCCCUCCUGGUACAGGGGCCUCAGGAGCACCUACAGAGGGGCAAGUUUCUUUCUUCCUCUCCACUUCCCCCACCUGCUUUCAAAUAGGAACAGAAGUUUUGUCCCCUUCUCCAGUGCCUCUCCCUGCAACCCCAGUGGGUGUCUGGACAUGCAGCCACGUGAGGGUGAUCUUGACAGAGUAUGUAGGAUAAACCUGGCUCUUCUAGUACAUGCAUGCUUUUUAUUGCUUUGUAUCUUAUGAAAAUUAAAUCAGUGAUAACAACA